GAGUCAAAAUCUAAGGAUAUUCCCCUUUGGUUAAUAGAUCAUUUCGUUUCCGUAUCCCAUGAUCAUCCAAACCGUCCUCCACAUCGUCCUCCUCCAGACCAUCCUCCAACUUAUCCACCGCUACCAACGCCAAAACGAGCUUAUGUAAAAUUUAAUAAUCCUCCUGAUGUAAUAAAAGGUGUAAUUGCUUUUUGGGAAACUCCUUCAAAUAAAACUAUAAUAGUUGGUCAAUUUAGUGAAGGUUUUUCUGAAGGUGAUGAAAAAGAAUAUACUUUUAAAGUUUAUAAUGAAACUUCUGAAAUUGUAGAUUUAAAACCUGCUGAUGAUACUUUAGAUAAAAUAUUUAAAGUUCGUUCUAAUGGUUCUACUGAUCCUUUCUUAUUUAUUUUUGAUACUCCUUUGGUAACUGGUAACAAUAGUGUGAUUGGUAAUUAUUUAGUAAUUGGACGACCUGGUUAUUUACUUGGUAAAAAUUUUAUUCAUAGUUUGCUUAGUUGUAAUUAA